UGAAGCCCAAGCCAAUCAGGCAGUACACUAGCCGCCCCUGAGGCUGUAACAGGUAUGGGUCCUUCCUGGGUGCCGUCGCAUUUGCUUCUAUGAGGCCCCCGUUUCCGCCGCCGGCGGCACCGCUGCGAGAUGUCUGCGUGGAGUUGUCACCGUUGAGGUUGCCAGGGCCUGAGACCACGCCAGGGCCGGGGAUGGGGGUGAGCGGGGGCUCCGGAGGCGGAGGCGGGGCCUUCCUUCCCGAGCGGCUGCGGCUGCCGGUCUGCUGCUUGGGGGUCUUCGUCUGCUACUUCUGGUACGGCGUCCUGCAGGAGACAAUAACAAGAGGCAAAUAUGGGGAAGGAGCAAAGCAAGAGAAAUUCAGAUUCGCUUUGUCUUUGGUCUUUGUUCAAUGUGUGAUCAAUGCCAUAUUUGCUAGGAUAUUGAUCCAGUUUUUUGAUACUGUCAAAGUGGACCGGACCCAGAACUGGCUUUAUGGAGCUUGCUCCCUCUCCUACCUGGGAGCCAUGGUCUCCAGCAAUUCAGCUCUGCAGUUCGUCAACUAUCCAACUCAGGUUCUUGGAAAGUCCUGUAAACCCAUCCCAGUCAUGCUCCUGGGGGUGACGGUGUUGAGGAAGAAGUACCCACUGUCCAAAUACAUGUGUGUCUUACUGAUUGUCACAGGGGUAGCCCUCUUCAUGUACAAGCCAAAAAAUGGAGGAGAUCUUGGGGAUGACCACAUCUUUGGAUAUGGGGAGCUCUUGCUGCUGCUAUCUUUAACUCUGGAUGGCCUGACCGGAGUAUCUCAAGACCACAUGAGAGCGCACUACCAGACGGGAGCCAAUCAUAUGAUGCUGAAUGUUAAUGUGUGGUCAACUUUGUUCCUGGGAGCUGGUAUCUUGUUUACAGGAGAGAUUUGGGAUUUCUUGAGUUUCACUGAGCGUUAUCCCAGCAUCAUCUACAACAUCCUUCUCUUUGGUCUGACAAGUGCCCUGGGCCAGAGUUUCAUCUUCAUGACUGUGGUGUACUUUGGGCCCUUGACCUGCUCAAUUGUCACUACAACCCGCAAGUUCUUCACCAUCCUGGCUUCAGUCAUUCUUUUUGCCAAUCCUAUCUCCAGUCUGCAGUGGGUGGGCACUAUCCUAGUAUUCCUUGGACUUGGACUGGACGCCAAAUUUGGGAAAGCAUCCAAGAAAACAUCACACUGAGAGAACAUUGGGUGGUUCUCUUCAAAAACCUCAAGCAUAACGAACUGUUAACUUAUUGUCUUGCUCCCCAGCACCUGUCACCAAAAUGGACUCAGGAUGUGUGCUGGGGGAAAAGGGAUGGUUUUUAUGUGAGUUUUAUUCCAAAAAUAUUGGAUUUUUUUAAAAUGGAGAGUUUUCUUUUAAUUCUAAUCAAGAAGGAGAAUGUUUUCCCCAUCUGUUGCCCCUCUUUUUCACCAGGAUUCAAAGCUGGUGCUGACAGAGGGCCUGAAGGAGAAAUCCUUGAUACUAUGGGAGGAAUGUUUCAUUUCAAAUAAAAGGAUAAGAAAGAGA